GUCGAACACCAUGCCGCAGAGGUGCAAACUAAAUAGGUCUAGUGCAAACUACUGUCGUGACAAUAUUCCAUAAGUAAAGGCUCCAAUUUUUGCAAACGCAAAGAUUUAAGAGAAAUUAGCAGUGAAUCUAAAUUUUCACGGUUCCAGUUCGAUCCUCGGUCAUUUCUCGCUGUCAUCAGAUCAUCAAAAUGUCAGGCUCGUAACCCGUUUCGUGUUCAAACCAUGGUUCAAUAGUGAAACGUAUUCUCCUCUUUGAAAUUGCAAUAUGUUAAAUUUUCGCUCUUGGAGAUUCAUAUUACUGGGAACGCCUGUGGUGUCAAGAUCAUUCAGUCGUUCUUACAGAUUCAGUAAUUAUUUCAGUCCCUCUGACAUCGUGCGCAAGAUCCAUUCACCAGUAUGCAAACGUACUUAUCUGAACAAUGUGCCCAAUUUCCCUUCUUACCAAGGGUGCAGAUUAUUUUCCAAAGGCUCACAAGCAGAUGAGCUCUCUGAUAAUACAGUCAGCACAGAGGAAUCUGCAGAGUCUUUUUAUCAGGAUGUCGAUUACGAAGCCAUCACCAAUAAUGACCCUGCUCUCUUGAAACAAUUGAAAAUCAUAAUGGCAGAGAUUUAUGUUUUGUAUGAGGAAGGUGAGCAAGUACCAUCCAAAUUAUCUACCAACCACUACAUAGAGCUUCUGAAACACAAAUCACACUCCCGUAGAAGAAAUUAUUUAAAAUAUUUAUUGAUGAAAGAGAGAUUUAAGGAAAGUGAGGCACGGAAAAAACUCAGCAAACGAGCAGCCCUUGAAGAAUUCAAAGCUCAAAGAAAGGAGAAUCCUGAAGAAGACUCUGGUGAAAAAUUAGUCUAUAAUUUGUCGAACACUUCUCUGUUUCUAAGAAUAUAUGAUUCAACUAUUGAUAGAUUUAAUAAUCUAGGUCUUCACUUAGCAUCAAUGUAUGCUCCAACAAUCAUUAUGGACUGCAGUUAUGAUGCUGACAUGUCGCAUCGGGAAACACAGGCAGCAGUGAAUCAGAUAACUCAAGGAUUUGGUGAACAUCGUAAGCAUCUUUGCCCUUCUAAUUUUGUUUUCUGUAACUAUAAAAAGGAGGGCAAAAUGGCAACUAAGUUGCUACAGUCUGUGCCAUGUUUAUAUGAUCCUGAAUACCCCUUUGAAUUCACCUCUAAAAGUUACCUGGACCUGUACCCUAGAGACAAGCUCGUGUAUUUGACACCCCACUGCAGGAACGAGCUGACCACCAUCAACAUUGAUGACAUCUAUAUAAUUGGUGCCAUGGUUGAUAUGGUUAGUCAUUCAAAAGCGUCCUUAAGUCGAGCAAAGCAGCAAGGGCUGAGAAUGGCUAAAUUUCCGAUAGAUCAGCACCUUCUUUGGGGCUCUGGCACUAAAAAUCUAACUAUCAACCAGGUCAUGAUGAUCAUGGCCGACAUGUACUGGAAAAAUGACUGGAAGUUUGCUUUUGAUCGAUGGAUUCCUAAAAGGAAACUAAUGCAGAAUGAUCAAGCUGCCUUUGCUGCAAAAUAUAGCAGAAUGUCAGAAGGGAGUGGUCAAUCCUCUUCUGAAAUGCAUAAUGCUGCAUUCAUGAAAAGGAGGAACUCAACCCGUCAUUAUCGUAAAGAUUUUUAUGAUCUACGGAAUGACCUCUUUGGUCGAAAAUGGACUGGGGCCGAAGAUAGAUCUGCCAUGGAGCCGAAAGCCAGAUUAGAGCCUCGCUCUAGAAGAUGAGGCCUAGUGAUUCCUUGACAAUGUUCAUGAUUUUCACCCGUAGGUAGGUAGGUAUAUGUUAAUUUUCAACGUACCUAUAUUUGUAAAUUUUGUAUAAUCUCUCCUCUUUACAUUUUUGUGUAAAACUCUGCUAGAGUCUUUUUUUUCUUUUUUUACCCCCUUGUUUCUUCAUCUUUACGCAAUAAAAUAUUUAAAUCGAUGAUGGA